AAAUUCAGUCGUGAAAUAUCCAUUGGCGACGUCGCUUGAGGAAUAAACUGAAGCGCUGUGAAUAUUUAGAACGAUGAAGCUGUUCUUAUCCGUUUUCGUGGUAGCCCUGGUGGCCGGCGUCGUUGUUGCCGACGAUAGCAAGGGUCCCAAAGUGACCGAGAAGGUUUUCUUUGACAUCACCAUUGGCGGCGAGCCCGCUGGUCGCAUCGAGAUCGGUCUGUUCGGCAAGACGGUGCCCAAGACGGUGGAGAACUUCAAGGAGCUGGCGCUGAAGCCGCAGGGCGAGGGCUACAAGGGCAGCAAGUUCCACCGCAUCAUCAAGGACUUCAUGAUCCAGGGCGGUGACUUCACCAAGGGCGACGGCACCGGCGGUCGCUCCAUCUACGGCGAGCGCUUCGAGGAUGAGAACUUCAAGCUGAAGCACUAUGGCGCCGGCUGGCUGAGCAUGGCCAACGCUGGCAAGGACACCAACGGAUCGCAGUUCUUCAUCACCACCAAGCAGACCAGCUGGCUGGAUGGACGCCACGUCGUCUUCGGCAAGAUCCUGUCGGGCAUGAAUGUGGUGCGCCAGAUCGAGAACUCGGCCACUGAUGCCCGCGACCGUCCCGUCAAGGAUGUGGUCAUCGCCAACAGCGGCACCCUGCCCGUUUCGGAGGCCUUCUCCGUGGCCAAGGCCGAUGCCACCGACUAAAGUGUUUGGGGAGCAUGUCAUCCAUCAGCAACAUAACCGAUUUGAACUAAGCAUAAACGCAUAAUCGAUUUUUCCAGACAUUUGCAUUUACCAUAGCUCGCCAUGUUUAUUUACAUUUCGUUCCGUAAGCAAGUAAUUGUGCUCAACUAAAAACAGAAAUGGCAUAAAUAAAGAAUGAUUUUUUGUGUGAUAAAGAGCUGGAAUCGUUCUGUGUGUCUAUACCAUGAUGCCGGUGGUGUGCAGGUUCAAUGAACCGGUUUUGGUUCCAUCGCUUUCUUUUGGCUCUGACUUCCCUUAGUGGCAACCGGUUUGUGCCUUCUUCGCCAAUUUGUUUGCCUUUGUAUGUUGUGCCGUUCUCGAUUUAGAUUGCCCAUGUUCUGUCUGUUUUUUCUCUUUGUUGUUGAUAAACAACGCUCGGUUCGUCACAUUUUUCUGAUUUGCACACUUGCGACAAAUUAAAGAACACACAGACGAGUUCAUUUGUAU